UGCUCAGCUCAACACUUGUUGCCCACAAAGAAACACAAAUGCAACAACGAGUAGUUGUCAUUUUAUUAUUGGCAGCUUUGAGCAGCUGUGUCAAUGGUGACUGUGGAUGCAAUAAACUGGACAGGGAUGCGUCUUCAUCAAAAGGAACCAUCCAAACGGAGACUGAGCAGCAGCAGGUUUGCCAGCAACAAGCUCGCAAUCAAAACAAACACUAUCGCGACUAUUAUGCGGAACUGGAGCCGGAGAUUGAGGGCAUGUCACUGAUCCCAGGUGGCAGUCUGCAUGUUGGCACCAAUGAGCCACAUUUUGAGGCGGACAACGAAUCUCCAGAGCGUCUUGUUAAACUGCAAGAUUUCUACAUAGACAAAUAUGAAGUGUCCAAUGCGCAAUUUGCCAAAUUUGUGAAAGCAACUAACUAUACAACAGAAGCGGAAGUUUUUGGUGAUAGUUUUCUGUUCAAGACACUGCUAACGCCACAGCAACAAGCAGAGCUCGAGGAUUACCGAGUGGUCAACGCGCUCUGGUGGUACAAAGUAAGUGGAGUUAAUUGGCGCACACCCCACGGAGUCGAUAGUAAUUUAAAUGGUUUGGAGCAGCAUCCGGUAGUACAUGUUUCUUGGCGAGAUGCAGUCGCCUACUGCAAGUCGGUGGGCAAACGAUUGCCCAGUGAGGCAGAAUGGGAAGUCGCCUGUCGAGGAGGCAAACAGCGCAAACUCUUCCCAUGGGGCAACAAACUAAUGCCCAAGGACAAGCACUGGCUAAAUAUUUGGCAAGGCGAGUUUCCCGACGGCAACACAGUGGAUGAUGGUCAUGAAUUUACAUGUGCAGUUAACGAAUUUCGUCAGAACAACUAUGAUCUUUACAACAUGGUGGGCAAUGUUUGGGAAUGGACGUCGGAUCUGUGGAGGUCGGACGAUAAAAGCGAUGCGCCAAAUCGUGUAAAAAAGGGUGGCUCAUAUCUGUGUCACAAAUCGUAUUGUUUUCGUUAUCGUUGUGCAGCACGAUCCCAAAAUACCGAAGACAGUUCAGCUGGCAAUUUGGGAUUUCGAUGUGCGAAAAAUGCAUGAAUUACAAAAUAAUGUCUUUAUUUAUAAGCGAAUAUGUAAAGCGUGUUAUGGUAUUUAACAUUUGUGUGAUUAGGAAUUAAUAAUUGAAUUGAAAAUGCAUUUUGACCAAUUUAAUCAUUUUGCCGCAGCGAAGUGCACUCCACAAUUUGCAUCGGGGCAUUAUUAUUAGCUGAAUUUUUGAAAUAUGACGCAUCGGCAGCCAUCGAUUGUCUCCGUUUGAUGCGAUUCUUUAGUAUGCGAGAUCGCCGCUGUUUCGCUAAACUUACUUCGUUUUUACGUGUUGGCGGCUUUGGCUGAUAUGGCAACGGCUCUUUGUUUAAACGGCUAAAAUACAAAUGAAUUAAUUAUUGGAAAAAUCAAGAAUAUGAGUGCCCUUAUUUUACCUUGAACGGCAUACAUUGCAUUUGCCAUUCACGGCGUUGGAGUGCUGUUCCCAAAAAUUGUCAUUCACCAAAGUGUUGCACCAAGACAGAGUGUGCAAAAAGAUGAAGAAUUUGCGGCUUGCAAAUUUUGGAUCCUGUCCACACUUUUGUGCAUGUUUAAUCCAACCAUCCGAUUUGAUUUUCACCAUGCCACAGCGAAUGCAACUCGUCCACUUGCGUAUGUCACCAAUGGACACCCAUUUGGAUUUGGUUGAUAUACGGGGUUUCACAUCCCCAGCCGAUUCUUGUAAUUCAGUUUUGACUAUUCCAAUGGCAUGCAUUGUGUUAAAGUCAUCUUCCUCCUCGAUGUAAUCAGUUUCUUCCAUUUCAUGGACUUCAUUAUCGUCAUCAACGUUAUCAGGCAACUGUUGUAUUUCCUGUGCAUUGCCAAGGGUGACAACCAUGCCAAUAAGUGGUGGCUGUGGUGUGUGAACUUGAAACGGUGGCCAUUGCUCCGUGUUGACAAACACAUGGAGCUUAUCGGGUAGACAAGCGCCAUGGGACUCCAGUGGUCCAAGAUCACGCGGCGUGUUGCAGUAGAAACAUUUCAUUCGCGGAGGCUGUGCACAACAAAAGCAAUGACAAUGAAAAGAGUUUUGAGUGCCUGUCACCGGAAGGCAUAAAGUAGCCGUAGCACCCGCUUGAAGAGUUCCACAUCUACAACAAACACAGGUCACGUCCAUCGCACUUCAGUAGAA